UCGCGCGGGCUCUGUCGAGUCGAGUUGUAUGUUCAUGUAUGCAUGUGAUUUGAAACUCUUUCCUGGUGGCAACAUUCAUGUGCGACUUGUCGUUAUUGUCUGAAAUCCAAAACAGGAUAGACUCAACGGACACAGUCCACGAACAGAUAGACACGUCCUUGUUUGUUACGCCUAGCUCCGUGGCGGAGAGGCUGUCAAAGAUGGCUGUGGCACCGAACAGUUCAGAUGCGUGCCUGAGUAUCGUUCACAGCCUGAUGUGUCACCGACAAGGGGGUGAGUCAGAGUCGUUCGCGAAGCGGGCUAUCGAGUCUCUCGUCAAGAAACUCAAAGAAAAAAGGGACGAGCUAGACGCCUUGAUUACCGCUAUAACCUCUGGUGGCACGCAUCCUUCCAAAUGCGUUACAAUUCAACGCACAUUAGACGGAAGAUUACAAGUCGCCGGUCGGAAAGGUUUCCCCCAUGUCAUUUACGCGCGAAUUUGGAGGUGGCCCGAUCUGCACAAGAAUGAACUAAAGCACGUCAAGUACUGCCAGUUUGCUUUUGAUUUAAAAUGUGACAGCGUUUGCGUGAAUCCUUAUCAUUACGAGCGAGUCGUCUCACCGGAUAUUACGGGAUUGGCAUUGUCGAGGAAUCCAGAUGGGGCCUAUGCCAGUAAUUCUCAAUCAGAUCCAGACUUCCGCCAAGCUGUUGGUCCAACAGCACAUCAUUAUCCAGGAAGCCAAACAAUUCCUUCAGUUGUUGGUUCUCCACAUGAUAUGUACCCUGGAAUGCAUCCAUCAGGAGAUCCCUCCAUGGGUCAUGUUGCCUCAGGACCUCCCACUUGGGGUACACCAGGAUCUGCCACCUACAACCCUGGACCACACCCUGGGGCUGGUUAUUGGACUCAGGAUCAGGCAUCAGAGGUUCAAGAUGGCGCUCCAAUAUCUAAACACCCCCCUCCAGAAAACUGGUGCUCGAUAUCAUACUUCGAACUGGACCAGCAGGUUGGAGAGAUUUUUAAGGUGAUGUCUUCGUGUCCGUCAGUCACAGUGGAUGGUUAUGUUGAUCCUUCGGGUGGGAACAGGUUUUGUCUUGGUCAGCUCUCCAACGUCCACAGAACCGAAGCGAGUGAGAAGGCGAGGCUACACAUAGGAAAAGGAGUCCAGCUAGAUUUAAGAGGUGAAGGUGAUGUCUGGGUGAGAUGUCUCAGUGAACACAGCGUCUUUGUACAAAGUUAUUAUUUAGAUAGAGAGGCAGGGCGUUGCCCCGGGGACGCUGUACACAAAAUCUACCCAUCCGCGUACAUUAAGGUGUUUGACUUACGUCAGUGUUAUCGACAAAUCAAGCAACAGGCUCAUGCUGCCCAAGCUGCCGCUGCAGCUCAAGCCGCAGCUAUUUCCACCGGUGUGGGGCCUGGUGCCUUGUUACCACAGAUAGGAAUGAGCGUGGGUGUCGAUGAUUUGAGAAGGCUUUGUAUACUGCGAUUGAGCUUCGUGAAAGGCUGGGGACCUGACUACCCUAGAAAAAGCAUCAAAGAAACACCGUGCUGGAUAGAAAUUCAUUUGCAUCGGGCGUUACAGCUUCUCGAUGAGAUAUUGAUUACAAUGCCGAUCAACGAGCCCCGCCCACACGACACGUGAUUGACAUGUAGAGACACUUUGUUGGCUUCGCUGACAGUGCGUGAAACGGUUGGCGUGGCUUUGAUAGUGAUAUCAUUUUUACAAAUUAUUUUAUUUCCCUCGCUUCCUAAGGAACGGCCAUUUUGUAAGCGGUUUUUCAGCUCCUGCUAUUUCCUAAAAACGGCAAAAUGUUUGUUUUGUCAUGAUUAUGCGAAUUCAUUCUAAGAGCAUUCAAACUCUCUGUGUGGGAUUAUUUUUUACGCCUAGAACUUUAUUGAAAGUUACUUCGAAGGUCCGUCAAGCGAUCACCACUAACUGUCUUCGUAAAACCUGUGUUGGACUUAAUUCGCUUCUCACGUAAAGAAGGACAGUAUGUUAUAAUGGAAGGGAUAGUCAAAAUAGAGAGAUCAGUAAAUAUCUGAAAUAGUUAUGAUGCAGCUUAAAUCAUCCGUAGUGGAAAUUAGGUUCUUGGCUCUAAAUCAGCUCUUAUAACAGUUUCUCUUGGAGACAAAGACCUAAUCGCAUGCAUUGGUUUUUAAUGCUAAAUAACAAGAAUCGUGCGCUUGCGCGCUCAAAAGAGAGGGACGACGAAGGCUCUUAAAACUGCAACUCUACAUUUAGGUAGAUGAAUGGUGCUUUUACGGUGUAUUGGAAUGAAUAUAAACAUUGUCAUUUGAGGUGAGAUCUCUCUAAUCUACAACAGCACAACUUAUAUGCGAUUUAUCAGCGAUUGGCUCAGGAUUACCAUUUAUCUUCUUGAUGUUGUGCCUAAUUGACCAAAUGAAGAUUUAAAAAUAUAAUUAACAGGCUGUGUAUAGAUAGGUACUGCAUUUAAAAUGCAUUUUAUCAACCUACUUGCUUUGAAGGAGCUGUUGAAGUGCUCAAGAUGAUAUAUGGUUCUUUUUCCUAUGUGUGAUGGAGUUAAACAAAUUCUUGAGUGUUUGUUAUGUUUAGAUACAGUGUUAUUAACUGUUUGACAUCGGAAGAGCAGAUCAGAGUGAUCGAUCACGGUGCAUUAUGGUAGAGAAUAAUACUAUUUGCUCUAGGUUAGAAUGGAGUGUCUUAACCAGACUAAUAGCAUUCCCGUGGUUAUUUUGAUAGCAUUCAGUAGGAAGGGAAAUAUAUAGCCAAGCGAAAAAUAAAUGUUUGAGUGUACGGGGCGGGUUAAGCUUAACCCAACAACUAUUAAAGUAAACAAGGGUAUGCUAAUAGUCUCGUCAAAUUUGAUACGCCUUUCUCCUAUCUGUUUACUUAAUUAAUCGGUAUUAACUAACGUAAUUAACUGUUUAAGUUAAUCUUGCAUAUACCAAAAGUACUACAACUUUUCCAGAAUGGCAACCGAGUGGAAGGGGAAACCGAGAAAUAAUCGUCAAAUUAAUUGAAACUUUUUUUGCUAGCAGCAAAUUCAUUCACUUCCUCUUUGUCGGUCUACAAGGUAAAUUUUGGUCUUAUGUUUGUGGAUGUAUGGUAGAGUUGAUUUUCUGGAGUGUUGUAAAACGCAAAACCAAAGAAAUCACAGAGUCGAUAAAGACUUGUGGUACUCGCAAGCAAACUGCCUUAAGGGCGGGAAACGCGAGUUCAAAGGUGGAAGUAGUACAAGAUUUGUAUAUCUGAUUGGCUGAGGAGAUUGUCCAAGUUUUCUGGAACAGUCAUAGGGCAAAGCAUGGCGAAACCAGUGCAAUUUGGAAUUACCCCGACACUUGCCUGAAAAUCGUUCUCUCUACACAGUCCUACAAACUCUUCUGAACAUGAAACGUAUUAAGUCUAAUUUCACCGAUGAUACUAAUUGGUGUCGAUAAAUCUCCAGUACGCAAUCUUUGGACCAUGCACUUUUUUGCUGUGAAAAUUAGUUUUCGAUGUGAUAACUUUUCAUCUCGGUCGCCACUUUGGAGAAGCUUCAAAGGCUCAUGCCCAUUUUAAUGUCUCAAUUUGUCUGUGAUAGCCUUGUUUUACUUUAUUUUGCUAAUGUAGCUCUGUUGUACGUAAAAUGUUUCCGACAUUUUUAAGCAACGAAUUUCAUGUGUAAUUGAAAACCGUUGCAUUGUAGAUAGCUCAGUGAUAGAAAUGUAUUUUCGUAAAGUUAAUGAGCUUUAUAGACUUAAUUUCUUAAGUCAAAUUGUAAAUUUUACUCAGCGAUUUGUUUUUCAAGAAAAGUCUUAUUAAGGUAUGUAAAAUGUAUCAUUGUAUGAUUUGAGACUUCAAGCGGAAUUUAAGUGGUGGGGUCGGUUACAGAGAUUUUUCAUAUUGUUUUAGCGAUAUAACUGUUCAUUAAUAAGUUAUGAAGUAAAAACGAAAAUUGAAAGAUGUAGUCAGCCUCUCUAAACAGUAAAUGCCAACAUUCCUAGCUGCAA